AAGCCCCGAGUGGGUGGGGUGAAGCACGAUAUAAAGAAGCUCUGAGGAGCUGAGCAAAGCAGGGAAGUAGGAGCAGAGGGAGGAGAAGGGACAUGUCAGGGCUUAGUGUCCGCUCGGUGCUGGUGAGCGGGGCCAACCGCGGGAUCGGGCUGGGGCUGGUCCGGCAGUUGCUGGGGCUGCCAAACCCCCCCCAGUGGGUGUUUGCAGGUUGUCGGGACCCCAAGGGGCAGCGAGCGCAGGAGCUACAGGAGUUGGCCUCCAAGCACCCCAGCCUGGUGGUCGUUGCGCUGGAAGUGACCGACCCUGCCAGCAUCAAGGCGGCUGCAGCCAGAGUGGGGGAGAAGCUGGGGGGCUCGGGGCUGAACCUCCUCAUCAACAACGCUGGAAUGGCAAAGUUGACCUCAUUUGAAACGGAGACACUGGAGAGCAUGACUGAGAUUUACACCACCAACACGAUUGGGACCCUGCUGCUGUGCCAGGCGUUCCUGCCCUUGCUGAAGAAGGCUGCCCAGGGGAGCCCGGGCUCAGGGCUGAGCUGCAGCAAGGCCGCCAUCAUCAACAUGUCCAGCGCUGGGGGCUCCAUCACUUCUCCUCUUGGUUGGGACCUGAUGCCUGUUGUCUCGUACCGCUGCAGCAAGGCUGCUCUCAACAUGCUGACCAAGUGCCAGUCCCUGGGGUACCGGGAGCACGGCGUCCUCUGCCUGGCUCUGCACCCCGGCUGGGUGCAGACCGACAUGGGCAGCGCAGCCGGACUCACGCCCCCCUUGACGGUGGACGAGAGCGUGCGAGGGAUGCUGAAGGUGCUCUCCUCCCUCUCCGAGAAGGACACCGGCACCUUCCUGGACUGGGAAGGGAAGGUGGUGCCCUGGUGAGACCCCGGCAUCCUGGCACCGGGGCCUGGUACUUGUGCACUGAAUUGUUCCUGUGUCUUAAUAAAUUUCUGCCUGAGAAUCAUAA